GAAAGGGUGGAGAGGGGCGGGGGCGUUACGGGGCUGGGGCUGGGGCCGCCGGGUGACUUUCCCUUUCCGCAGCGCCCCACGCUGCGCUCCCCCUCCCCUCCCCCCUCCCCACGCCGCCGGCGCUGUUGCUCCAUAUCUCGCGGGGCCUACGUCGCCGGUGGGAGGGUCAGGCAGUGGCGGCGGUGCCCCACCCCUGGCCGAGGAGGGGACGUCGUGGCGCUGGCUGUCGGUUGUCCAGGCGCAGUUGGAGCUCGAGUCGUCGAAGAUGAGGCCGGGCGGGCAGGGCAGCACGUUGGCCUCGCCGUCCACGCAGUUCACGAACUUGUCGCACACCUCCGGGUCCGAGUGCCUGAAGACGCCGUUGGCGCGCGGGCAGCCGGGGCUGGGCUUCGGCUCCUCUGCAACAGAGACCGCCACCGUCGCAAUCACCUCCAUGCAACGGACUGGCGCCUCAUUAUUCGGCAGUGGAAAGCUCCGGCCUCCCCUCACCCACCCCCUCUUCUCUUCCUGGCGAGGGGAGGAAGACGAAGAAACCGGGGGCGGAGGCGCCUGCCUGUUCAUUGGAGAGGAAUGGCCCCGCCGAGGCGCCAGCUUCACAGCCCGGUAGCCAGCGGGCGUUUCACGUUUAGUGACAGUGACCUGGAAACCUUCGCAAAGAACUUGGGGCGUCUUGUCCGGGGCGCAUCGAGCGAUUGCUUUCCCUUGUUCCUGCGGAGAGAAAAGCCUGCACUAAAAGUGUCGGCGCGGCGCGGCCGUGCGUGUCUUCGAUGCGGGGGG